CUGAGCGCCGGGGCUGGAAGGGAGGCGGCUGAGGUGCCAUUCUUAAAGGGGCCCAAGGGAAGACGAGAGGCUGCUGGCUGCCGGAAGGAAAAUGAGUGAGUCUUUGGUGGUUUGUGAUGUUGCUGAAGAUUUAGUGGAAAAACUGAGAAAAUUUCGUUUUCGCAAAGAAACAAACAAUGCUGCCAUUAUAAUGAAGAUUGAUAAGGAUAAACGCCUGGUGGUACUGGAUGAAGAGCUUGAGGGCAUUUCACCAGAUGAACUUAAGGACGAACUCCCUGAACGACAACCUCGAACCUUCAUUGUGUAUAGUUAUAAAUAUCAACAUGAUGAUGGAAGAGUUUCAUAUCCUCUGUGUUUUAUUUUCUCUAGUCCUGUUGGAUGUAAGCCUGAACAACAGAUGAUGUAUGCUGGGAGUAAGAAUAAACUAGUCCAAACAGCCGAGCUAACCAAGGUAUUUGAAAUAAGAAAUACUGAAGACCUAACUGAAGAAUGGUUACGUGAGAAACUUGGAUUUUUCCACUAAUGUGAAGUUCUGUGUUUCUAAAGUGUUUAUGUAUUAACCUGACCAUACUGGAACCAGACAUAAAUACUUAUUUAUGCCUAAAAAUGCACUGUUACUUACAGUUUGUUUCCUGCAGUAAAGAAAAAUUUUUCAUUUGUUCAAAGUUUGAACAAAGAGGAAAUCAUCUUCAUAGUAAUGAAACUUUGUAAAAUGUUUCCCUAUAUUUGUAAUUGUUAGGUGAAUUACUUCUCUCCAGGGACUUUUUGCACUCUUGUGACUAAUUUCUAUAACUUAGAGUUCAGAAUUACUGUUUGCGGAUACCAUCAGAAAGUGGGUAUAUGAUAGACAACAGUUGCCUCCUUUUGACAAAUACUGGAUGUUAGCAGUUUAUAUAUGAAAAUAGUGUAUUAUCAGUUAUCAAAAAUUUGAAAUUAAUUUGGGGUAAAAGACCUGAGUGACCCAGUUUUGAGCCAUGAACAAUAAUUUACUACAGUGUAACCUGCAUUACAAGUACAUUUUCCAUCAAUUCUGUUCCUUCUAUGGUUCCCUGUAUCUUUUUAAUCAAGUCUAGAAACUUUGUUCUUCAGUUGUGUGUUGUUAAGGUCUGGGAGUUAGAUUUUAUAAUAAUUUUGACUAUUCUUAUGGAAAACAGCAUCUUAGGAAUUGAUGGGUUGUAACUAAUCAAGGGCUUCAUUCCUAGUUAUGUCAUUUCUAGAGAAUUUUGAAUCUAGGUUAAUAAUACCUUAUUUAUAAAGCACCUCUUAAUGUUGUCCUGUGAAAAUUAGUUAUUUUAAGUGUGUUAAUACUGUGCCUUUGAUUUGUUAGCUUUAAAGUUAGUUUAAGACUUUUACACUGCCAGUAUUCCAAAUUUGGUGAAAUUAAUACUUUUGUAAAGGGUCCAAGUAAAAAAAUUUUCUAAUGUGUGUAUCUGAAAUUUGUAAUAAAAAUCUACUUCAUAUUUUUAAAAUUCCAACUAUCUGCUUGCAUUGGUGAAUAUAUAGCAGUUGAGAGUUAUAAUGUUGGGCAUAUUUGUGAUUAAUUUUGUGCUAUAGGAAAAAUUGCUUAUUUUAAAACCUUGACCAUAGUUAAUAACAUUAACACAUCAAUAGAAAUUGCAUUUUAUAUCCUAGAUUUCAGAACAUAUUCUAAAUUAAAUAUCUGUCUUGUUAGAUGAUGGCACCAUUGGCAUAAAGCAAGGAUUCUAAUGUAUAGUAUUUAAAAACAAAUAAGUAACUUUAACAUUAAUUUGACAAAAGGUCUUGAUCUAAAGACUAACCAAAUUUGGUGCGUGAAUUCUUAUAUUAAGAAUAUCUUAAUCACUUCAAAACUAGCAAAGGCAUUUUUUUAUGUUGGCAUAUUUUUUGUUCAUAUAUUCUUUGCAUAUUUUUUGAGGUUUUUGUGCCAACUUUAACAGAGACAUAAAGAUAGUUGGAAUUUUCACAAUAUUGAAUAGAGCAUCUUCUGUUCCCAACACUGUUUGGCUUCACUAAUGUAGAAACAGGAAGCAAUAGGAAGUUAAUUGGAGAUGAGGAAGUGCUAGAGUGGGUAUUUGUUUUGGUUAAUGAAUGGAAGGAUUCUUUAUUCCAAUUUCCUGAGAGAGAGAAAACAUCACCAGGAAUUUAAAGAAUUCUUUAAACAGCUAUUUUGAUAUUGGAGAAUAAUGCUUAUAAUUCUGCAGAAAUGUAAAUGUAAUCCAAGAGUGUUUUUUAAUGUUUCGAAUGAAGGGAAUGAGACUUAUUUCACCUGGUUUGCAGCAAAGAGAAACUAGUGCUGCAAGAAUGUAUUUUUUAAUGAGGUUCCUUAUUUUUGUCUUGCGCGUUUUAGUUUUGAAAGUCCUCCAUGAUGUCAGAUAAUACUGACCUCCAGACACAGAACUGUUAGUGCCCUUGUUCUCUAACAGGGGCAAAGAACUGAUAAACCGUGGUGGGGUUUUGUUUUGUUUUUAAGCAUGUCUGCUGCUUAUCAAUAACAUGUUUUGCAAGACAGUAGAUUUGAGGUUAAGGGAUAAAAUCAUUUUUUACUCCCUCUGUCUUCUAGGGAGAUUUACAAAUCCUGUAGCUGAGUGUUCUCAGGUUUUUAUGUAAAUUUCCCUUCCAUCUAACCAAGUUUUGCAUUCUUUUUUCAAGUACAUUUCUUAUUUGAUCUCUUUUUCUGCCUUCUGUCAAAUAGUAACUCCAGAUUUCAUAAUUCCAGUUUUCACAUUCCUUAACUUUCUGGUACAACCAUUCCCAUUCAGCCUUAAAUCUUAAUCUUUCCUUUUUGGCAGCAGUAUUUUUCCUGAGAACCUCCCUUCAUGGUCUUCUAAGUAAGCAUUAGUUUUGAAAUUGUUGGCCCUGCGUAAGUUCUGCAUAGCACCUAAUGUUGUCAAAAUAGAACCAGGUAGUAAUCACAGCAUGUUUUUAGUGUGGCUUUUGUGGCAAUGAAAAUGACAUGAAGAAAACUGUUCUCAGGUUACUCUGCUGAAAUUCCAAAACAUUAAGAGUUUUGAAUAGCAAUCAAUUUGUUCUGGUAUUGAAGCAAUUGUGUUAGGGAAAAAAGUUGUUUGACUGACUGUUUUUGUUAAAUUGACUUUGGAAAUAAGUGUUCAAAUUGUCUAUUUCUAAAAAGUUUACUAAAUGCCUAGUGCAGUUAAACAUACUCUUGUUUAAGAGGGUGUUGCUACAUUUUUUUAUUAUCAUUACUGAAUAAUCUUUGUAGCAAGAUGUCUGUCAGCACUUUUCUCUCCCUUUUUAUCUCCUAUUUUCAGGAGUCAAAUGUAGCCAUAAAUUGUAUUCUGGUCACUUUAACUAAAAAUUUCCAGUUAGAGGAGUUUAUUGCCAAAUUAAAUUUGGCUGUCUUUAUUCCCCACCCAUAUAGAUAGUAAUGAAGGUGUACUUUAAAAAAUGUUUGGACUACUUUAAAACCCGAGCAGUGUCAUUAAUCCAUAAUGUGGACUAGUGAUGGAUAGAUAUUUUCAUAAGAGUUUAAAUGCUGAUAUUUCGUGGAGGAGGAGAGUAACUCGUAUUUUAUCAGUUCGGAUAUUCUCAGUACGGUUGCUGUCCCUGUUUGUUCAAUAGACUGAUGAUACUGGAAUCUACAGAAUUUGAGCCUUUAAAACUUACGUGAAGAAGUGUCUCAAACAUUUCUGGACAAAUCUUAUUUUGUAUUUCUGGAAGAAUGUAAACCUUCUAGGCCACUUAACACCAGUGGUCUCAAAUGUUUUUGAGAAAUUUGUUUCUUAUUAUACCCUUCGAUAUUUCAAAUCACUAAUCAUGUUCCUGUAAUAUUUAAAAUAACUACAUUAAGACUGUGAUAGAAACUGUGUUUUCUUGCUUUUUUGGAAUGUAGUUCAUAUGCAUAUAAUUACUUGAAUUACAUGUUUGAGAUCACUAACAUGCCAGGGCAGUUCCCACUGAUUUUUUAGAUGGUCCAAUAUAAUCCCAUUCAAGGAGGCUUGAAACGUUAAUGGUUUAGUCUUGUGAAUUUUAACAGUUCCCUGUCAUCGUUUAACAAAAGUAACAACUGGCACAACUUCUUAAGCUGUGGUUUCAGUCUCUGCUAGUUCAUAUUGCAUGUUUAUUUUGGACAGUCUUCUGUUAAGCAUGGUGCUUGUACUGGUUUAAAUAAAACGUUAACAUGAAAGGA